AUGACGUUUUCCUCCUUCUCCUCAACAAGAAGAAGAGGAGGAUGCUUGUUCUUCCUUUCAUCGUCAUCUUCAUCAUCAUCCUCUCUCCCAAAAACAAUCCCCUACCGAUUAAGAUCGUCCUCGUCAAUGUCCUCCUCCAUCAUCAUCGCCAUGUCCAAUUAUUAUUUAUUUUGUGUUCUUGUAUUCAUGAGUCUCCUUGUCAUUCUCUCCAACCACUCGAAUUUUGUAGAAUCACUCACCUUUUCCAAACGCUUUCUUGGAAAUAACUGCACCACACAGACCUACCUCCGUGAUUGUGGUGAAGAAUUAAUUUGCGAUCCUCUCAUCGGAAAAUGUACUUUUUGUACCAAUACGACUCAAUGUUCGAAUAUAUUUGGAUCAAUGAAUCAAUGUAGAAGAUCAAUUUUUGGAAAUGAUUUUGCAAGUUAUCAGAAUAGUUUUGUCACACCACAAGGUUCCACGGUUCAAGCAGGUAUUUGCUAUCACAAGGAUUUAUUUCCAAGAUUUUCCUAUUUGGAUGCCAUUUCGACAGUUUUUUCCUUUUUGGGGAGUGUGUUGGCUUCGGUGGCAGGAAUUGGAGGUGGUGGUGUGAUUGUACCAUUGUUGGAAGCAGCAGGUCAAUUUCCACCUCAGUUGGCUGUUCCAAUUUCGAAAACAAUGAUUUUUGGUGCUGCAAUUUCCAAUUUCAUUGCACUUUCAAUGAAGAGACAUCCUCAUGCCGAUCGACCUCUCAUUAAUUACGAUGUCACACUUUUAUUACAACCCAUGUCAUUGAUUGGCGUGUUAGUUGGUGUUCUUUUUAAUACCAUGUUUCCUUCAUGGCUUAUGGUUGCAUUGAGUGCUAUCAUUUUAACAAUCAUGACUGUUACAACUACGAUCCGAGCUGUACAAAUGUGGAAAGCAGAAUCUGCAGCUCUUAACCAUGAUCGAUUAAAUAUUCCAUCUGAUGCUCAAUACACUCAAAUCGAUGAAAGUCCACAUUCAGAUUCAGAAUCAGAGACAUUUGACAGACCUAAAAAUUCAACACCACAACCUGGAAAUAAUGUUUUAGAAACAUCUCUUCUCGAUGAAGAUCAAUUAGAAAAAAUUGAACAAGAAAAAAUCGAACAAGAAGAAAAGCAACGAUAUGCCAGAAAACUCACUAACGAAGAAAAAGGAACUCCUUUCAUGAAACUUUUUAUACUCGUUUUGUGCUGGAUUAUUGUGUUUGCUUUGACUAUUAUGAGAGGUGGACAUGGAGCUCCAAGUGUUUUACAAAUUCCAUAUUGUUCUCCAUGGUAUUGGGUUUUAUUUUCACUCAUGUUUCCAAUUAUGAUUUUUAUUACCAUUUUAGUGGCUGUCUAUCUAUUGAAGAAACAUCAGGAACGUCAAGCAUUGGUUGGAAGUGGAUACAAGUUUGUUCAGGGAGAUAUUCGAUAUACCUUGUGGACAGUGAGUGCAUAUCCAUUACUUGCUGGAUUUUCUGGAAUGUUGGCUGGCUUACUUGGAGUUGGUGGUGGAAUGAUCAAGGGACCAUUGUUGUUGGCCUUGGGUGUGGAUCCUUUGGUGGCCUCUGCAACAGCGUCCUUUAUGAUUUUAUUCACAGCUUCGAUUUCAUCGAUUCAGUUUGUCAUUUUGGGAACGUUGCCACUCGAUUAUGGAUUGUGGUUCUUUGUGUUUGGUUUGUUGGCUGGAAUGGUUGGACAGAUUUUGCUGCACUUUGUGUUUGCAAAGAAACGAAAAUCAUUGGUGGUGUUUUGUGUGGCUUUGAUUAUUUUCGUUUCAACGUUGUGUAUGACUGGUUUUGGAAUUUAUAAUGCGGUGGUGAGACUUCAGAAUAACAUGUAUAUGGGUUUCCACUCACCAUGUUAA